AUGAAUGAUCCAUUGAAUGACACAACUGUGUCUACAAGCAGUACGGAUUCAAGCGAUUCAAUAGACUUUACAACUGUUUCAUAUGACACAACGGUUGUGCCCACACAAGUGGAUGAUCUUAAGAUCACCACAACUGCCAAUUUGGUGGAUAUGGAGACCACGACCACCGCCACUGACAUCACUGAUAUCAAUGAUAAUACCAGCGAUAACAAUGAUGUCAAUUGUUCCCAUUGUCUUAACGCCAAGUAUUUCAACCAUUAUUACGCCAAAGGAUGUAAACCAGUCUUCGGUGACAACCGCUGUAAGGAUUGUCCGAAAAUGUUUGAUUGCAUCGAAAAGAUUGAGAUAGAGUUAGGAAAUAAUGAGUGCUUAUUCAAUGGCAGCAAAUUCACAAUCGGAGAGCGCAUACCAGUGCCCAACCCGUGUCAAGUGUGUCAGUGCGGGUACGGAUACACACACCGAGUGGACAGUCAGCCCUUUACUACAAUACAUUGCGUGUCCGUCGAGUGUCCGGAAAACUUUGCGGUCCAUUCGUUCCCAUUGGCCGGACUCGAGCGCGACUUCGAGAGAGUCCACAACUGUUACAACGUUUACGAGAGCGGGAAGUGUUGCGCCGUUUCCAAGAAAUGUGCCGAUCCGGUCGACGAAGAGUUUGUCUGUCAAUACAAUGGGAAGAGCUAUAGGUUGGGCGAAAAGAUACACCCGAUUGACGACAAAUGCAAAAGCUGGAACUCAAACAAAACCAGUGAUAACAGCGGCUGUCGUGCCGUUGAGUGCAAUCUGGAGGUCGACCGCCAAUUGAGGGACGGAUGUCUACCCAUAUAUCACGAGAACACCUGUUGUCCCGUCGAUUACUAUUGCCCCGAACGAGAGUUUACGGACAAACAACAGGAUAACCACCGGUGCGGCCAACCGGCCGAUCCGGGCCCGUGUGUGGGCCUAUUCAAGCGUUUCUAUUAUGACGGACGUGACGGCCGGUGCCACUCGUUUGUGUUCGGCGGGUGCGGCGGCUCUGACAACAACUUUCGGCGUUUAGACGAUUGCCAGAAAACAUGCGUUAAAUCCGAUUCAAAACCUGAUGUAAACCAAACCCAAAGCCAAAGUCCAGACACUGAUAGGAGUAGCGAUGAUAGCGGCGCUCAACCCUAUUGUCUAAUGAACGACAAGCGCUAUCCUAUCGGCCAUAAGCUGGAUAUUGGCCAGCGGUGUGUGGACUGUGUCUGUCGUAUACCACCGGAGUUUACUUGCGUCCAGAGGUCGUGUCCGAAGACACCCGUCGCCCCAAAUCAAUGCAAAGUGACUUACAGUCCCGCCGAGUGCUGUCCGACCUAUGAUUGUAGUUAUAAUAAGACGUCUGACCAGUCGUUCGAUACGUCCAGUUGUCCGACACCUAUGUGUGCAAAGGGCUGUCACUUUGAGACAUAUCCAGACCGGUGUCCCACUUGUGUCUGCAAACCAGCCAUCGAUGGCCGAGAAGUACCCGAUUAUGAUGUGACAGAUAUAUAA